AUGUCACGUCCAGUCGCGUCACAACACACUCAGACCUAUCAUGUCAACUUUGGUACAUCCAGAGAGCGAGAAUUUUAUAAGUAUUUACCACCGUACCAUCUUGAACCGCACGCCCUACAACAUAUCGGGCCUAGUACACUAUCAGGAGAAUAUGUUGCUCGAUCCUCAGCGGACUCUGUGCUGACGGCAUUUGCUCAACUGGGCACCUUGCGACUGAAUGCGCAGCGCUCGUUGAUCUCGCUCUUCGGUCGACAUGAGCAACAUAUUCUCACAGAAGCCACUCGAACCUUAAGCCUGCAGGAUGAUAGUGGCCAUAAUGCGCGAGAUGAGCUUUGGGUCGGAAGCUGUACAAUGUCAUAUGAUCGCAGCCUGUGUAAAUCGGUUAUGAACUCUACGCCAAAUGCGUCAAACGCCAGGGAUGGAGUUUGUGUUGUGCCCGACCUUGCCAAAGACAACACAUUUAAAGACCAUCUAGAUGUGACUACAUUCCCAAAUAUUCGGUUUCUCGCGUCGAGUCCUAUCAUCAGUCCGAAAGGUGUGGUGAUUGGAGCCUAUACGAUUUUAGAUGACCAACCUCACGAACCUCUGGACGCCGGGUCACUCCAAUUUCUAGUUGAUAUUGCAGCUACUGUCAUGGAUUAUCUAGGAACUAGUCACUCAAAAGUCCAGCAUUUCCGCAGUGAGCGCAUGAUUGUUGGCCUUGGAAGUUUUGUGGAGGGAAAGGGUAGUCUACGCAACUCAUGGGUUCUCGACACCGGCGCUCCUCAAACCAAUUCCCAUGAAAUAGCCCAUUCAGAGGGACAUGUCAAUCGCGAACAGCAAGAAAAGCAACUUUCGCAUAACGUGACUCGGGACGUAGCCCAGAAUGGCACACGAAGCCACCUGCCUUUUCGUCCAUACAAUAUUCGUAUCCCUACAAAGAAGAUACUUCAAGGGAAUCGGGAGCAAUAUCAGUCACUUUCGAAUUCGAGCACCAGAAAGAGAGAUACCAAGGCCUUAUCGAAACACAAAGAAGCAUCUCAAGUGGCUACGACAAUCGGAAAGGAUCAGUCAAGGCAGCAAUCACCGAAGGAUGAUUAUACUGCUAGAGUGAACAAAACAUUUGGACGGGCAGCCAAUCUGAUUCGCGAGAGCAUCGAGGUUGAGGCAGUCGUUUUUUUCAACGCCAACUUCGGCUCCCAGGGAGCAUUGGUGAACGGUGCGACAUCUGACACGGAAGGCAGUGAGUUUGAAAGCUGUUCUUCGGGCGAUGAGGCUAAAUUCAGAGGCUCCCAUCAAAGUCCAUUUCAAGAUCAAGAGUCUUUUGAGCCAGAACAGACUAAAAGCUCAGGCAAAGCUACGUUGAACCCAUGCGAAAUACUCGGAUUUGCCACUUCGAAUACCUCCAGCAUCAAUGAUCAGUUGACAGACGAUAACAAAAUCGCAAUAUCAGAGUCAUUUCUUGGGGGCCUUUUACACCGAUAUCCUCGAGGGAACAUUUUCAAUUUUGGUGAAGAUGGAACAAUCUCAUCUGAUGAUACUAGUGAUGGUGUUUUCAGCAGAUUUUUACGACCUCCUAAGGGCAAGAAGCACAAGAAAACACGGAAGUGGCUUCUGCGUCAGGAUGCCCAGACCUUACUUCAACUCGCUCCCGAGUCUCGAAGCAUCGUCUUCUCACCUUUAUGGGAUUCGCACAAAGGUAGAUGGUAUGCGGGAGCUCUGACGUGGACAAAAGCACAUCACCGUGUCUUUACUUCGAAUGAUGAGUUAGCAUUCCUCCUGACAUUUGGAACAAGUGUCAUGGCGGAAGUGCACCGACUCGGUGCUCAUUUUGCCGAUCGAGCAAAAUCAGACUUGCUCUCAGGACUUAGCCAUGAGCUUCGAUCCCCUCUGCAUGGUAUUUUCGGAACUGCAGAACUCUUGAAUGACACUGUCAUGGACGCGUUGCAACGAGGAUUUCUUCAUACAAUCUCUUCUUGUGCAUUCACACUAUUAGGCUCAAUCAAUCAACUCCUUGAGUAUGCCAGUAUCAAUGAUGUUCCACCGAACACUGUUGCCAAAACACCCGGUGUCAGUGUGCAUGAAAUUCCUGUCGACCAGAGAGUGGCCGCAACCCGCUGCUCCGCGCAGUCUGGACAAAUUGAUGUCGCCACUUGCGACCUCGAUGCUGCUAUAGAAGAUGCAGUUGAAGCGGUAUUCGCUGGCUAUUCCUUCUUCAACGGCUCUCGAUCCCCUCUUCGGGCUGCUGCCGGGGCUUCUAUUUUGAGUAGCAAACGUCUCGACACACGGGGUGGGGUCAAGGUGAUUUUGGACAUUGAUCACGCCCACAGUUGGAAAUUUUCUACACAGGCUGGAGCUUGGCAUGUCAUCCUUACGAAUAUCUUUGGGAACGCCUUGAAAUUCACUCAAAAUGGUCACAUCUAUAUCUCUCUGAGAGCCUCUCCAGUCAAAUGCAGAAAGGAUGGCGAGGUCACAAGCUCAACAGUCACAGUGACAGUAAGGGACACUGGAUCUGGGAUUGACUCUGAUUUUCUGAAAAAUGAGGUAUUCACUGCUUUCUCACAGGAGGAUAGCAUGAUAACCGGCAAUGGGAUCGGAUUGAACAUUACAAGACGAAUAGUCUUAUCGCUUGGUGGGGAGAUUUACAUCAACUCCGAGAAAGAGGUUGGUACUGAAGUCAUAACAACUGUGACCCUUGACCAUGCCCCUGCUCUAGACAACCUCGACAGGUUGAAUAUUCACUCUCCCAUCACCACGGUGCAAAGGCUUGCACGCGCGAAGACUAUUGGAAUAUUGGGUCCCGGAACUCCUGAAUCUUACACGGCUCUAUACACAUCGCUACAAAAACUAUGUCAAGACUGGUUCUCCAUGGAAGUUGUCUUAGUGGAGUCUUCACAAACACAAUUCGCCCAUUGCGACUUGUACAUCUCUUAUCACGAAUAUCUGGACGUAGGGAACCUAGAGAUUAGGGCCAUUGUGCCCUAUCCAGCUGCUCGAUUUUCUUCACCUGUGAUCAUCAUAUGCCCCUCGCCGAGAACUGCUCAUGCUAUGUCUGUUGGAACUCAAAAUCGUGGUGAUGCACGUGUGCUCGAGUUCAUUAGCCAACCAUGCGGACCACGCAAGUUGGCGAAAACAUUAGAAACGUGCAUUAAACGCCAGCAACUGCGAAUUGAUUCCCUCCAGGGCAAAGAAGACAUUCCCGAUGGCCUAGCAAGCUUCCCAGCUGAUCUCAGCACUAAUGAGCCUGGAAUGGACUUGUUUGUUGGCUCGUCGUCAAAUGGAAAGGUCAGCGAACAACCCAUGAUCAAAGUAUCAGACUCAGAACCAUGCAAUAAAGCCUUGAGGGGAACGUUCGAGCCGUUCGAACAUCCUUGGGGGGAUUUUGAUGGCCCGCUUUCUCCGCCCGGAGAAGUCGCCGCCACGAACCACGAUACACCUAUCCAAAAGGAAAAUUAUCCCGUAUCAAACCUUCCAACAACCAUUCUUCUUGUGGAUGACAAUGAUAUCAAUCUCAGAAUUCUUAUUGCUUUCAUGAAGAAGUUGGACUGCGAUUAUCUUAUUGCACAAAAUGGAGAAGAAGCCCUCGAAGUUUUCAAGGCCAAUUUUUCUAUCAUUGGAAUGAUUCUUAUGGAUAUCUCGAUGCCAAUAAUGGACGGCCUGGAAUCUACUAGGCGAAUCCGCGAGUUUGAAAAAACACUAGAAACCAAAUCCCGUGUCACAAUUGCUGCCUUGACUGGCGUUGCGCAAGCCGACAUGCAACGCGACGCCACUGGUUCUGGCAUGGAUUUGUUCCUCACCAAACCCGUUCGGCUGAACAUUCUGAUGUCAAUAAUCAAAGGGAUAUUGCCCCCGACCCAUGCACUAUGGCAAGAGCAGUAG